GAUAUUAUCCACAAAAAUUGAUCUAUAUAAUACAUAAUAAUUAAUAAAAUAUAAAUUUUUUUUUGAUUUGUUAUAAAUUUAAUACAGCAUCACCGUUUGGUUCCUCUCUUUUUAAGGAGCCCUCAGCCCUUCUCCCCCUCUAACCCCCAUCCUAAUCUGAAAUAAAAGCUAUGGCCGACUCCAACCCCCUUCUGCCUCCUUACACUCCGUCAGAAACUCAGCAUCCAAUUAGAGUAAAGAAGGCAGCAUCACCAUCGUUCGACGACGCCAUCGAGCACUAUAUCGGCAGAACCAGCUUCUCCCAACUCUUCCAAGCAUUCUUCGCUUCUCUCUCAUGGGUUUUCGACGCCCAACAGACCUUCAUCAAUGUCUUCACUGAUGCGGAGCCCAAGUGGCGUUGUAUUCGGCCCGACGACCCAUCAUGCUCCUCGGCGAGCAAUCCCUGCAGUCUCCCCAAGGGCUCAUGGGCAUGGGACCUCCCCGAGCACACCUCCAUAGUGUCCGAGUGGAACCUCGAGUGCUCUGGCUCGGCCCUCGCCGGCUUGCCGGCAUCCGCCUACUUCAUUGGCUGCCUCAUCGGAGGACUCUUGCUUGCAACACUCGCCGAUUCGCUGCUCGGCCGCAAGAAAAUGCUCUUCUUCUCCUGCCUCACCAUGUCGCUCACCGGAAUUCUCACCGUCAUAUCACCGAAUAUAUGGCUCUACUCGGCCCUGAGAUUUAUUUGCGGGUUUGGACGAGCCACCGUCCUCACCUGCGCGCUCGUGCUAUCGACGGAGAUCGUCAGCCAAAAAUGGCGAGAUGGUGUCAGCAUCAUCGGAUUCUUUUGUUUUGGGCUUGGCUUCUUAUCUUUACCCGCUAUGGCCUAUGUUAAUCGGGGGUCAUCUUGGAGGACUCUCUACCUGUGGACCUCGGUUCCUUCUUUCUGCUACUCCAUUUUGCUUUAUUUUCUUGUCCAAGAAUCUCCGAGGUGGCUCCUCGUACGAGGGCGAAGAGAAGAGGCCGUCCACAUAUUGAAGAACAUCGCAGCGUCCAACGGUAAUGUGAUCACUUCUAGCUUCUCCACUCUAGUAACCCCGGAAGAUGUGGAGAACGUGGGCAUCUUCACCGCAAUGAAGAUUCUUUGGGAGAAGAGAUGGGCUUUUCGGAGGUUAAUUGCGAUCAUGACGGUAGCCUUUGGCGUCGGGAUGGUCUACUAUGGAAUGCCGCUGAAUGUAGGAAAUUUGACAUCCAAUAUCUACUUGAGCGUCACAUAUAAUGCGUUAGCAGAGCUACCCUCGUCGCUCAUCACAUUCUUUUGCAUCGAGAACUUUAACCGGAGGAGUUCAUCGCUCAUACUCACAACCUUGAGUGGGAUGUGUAGCAUCUUGUGUGUCUUCAUGAAGAUUGAGGGGUUAAAGAUGGGAUACUUGCAACCUACGGUCUAUACUUCCCACCAGAAACAUGCUAAUAUUGGGCCAUCCUUCAAAACCGAAGGCUGGAUUCUGCCAAAGUUGAUGGGUGCAAUUGGAUAG